CCUGAUGACGCUGAGCAAGAAAGCAGAAACGUCUUGAAUUUACUGAAAACGCCAAAUAUGAGGACGCGCUCGUUGAUCCUUUUCUAUGCCUGGUUCACGACGUCGAUGGUCUACUACGGCAUCUCUCAAAACGUUGGCAACCUCGAGGGAAACAUUUUCGUAAAUUUUAUCGUCACGAUGCUCAUCGAAAUACCUGCAACUCUUCUAAUUGCAAUUGUUUUCGACAGACUUGGUCACAAAGUGUGUCUAUUGGCGUCGGUUUUAAUAGCCGGGGCUGGCUGCUUCAUUACUGCCUUUCUGCCUGCGGAGGCGUCCGCCGCCAUCGUGGUGCUGAGCCUCAUAGGGAAGUUCGGAGCAGCUGCAGCGUUCGGCGCGCUGUACGUGUACGGCAGCGAGGUGUUCCCGACGUCGCACCGCAGCACAGGGCUCGGCUGCUGCUCCAUGUUUGCUAGGGCCGCCGGUGUCAUAGCUCCUCUGGUCGACCUGCUGGGAAAAUCAAACCCCACUCUUCCUCUGCUCUUGUUUGGGAUCCUGGCAGCGGUAUCAGCCUUCUCCAUGUUAUUCCUACCGGAGACAACGGGUUGCCCCUUAACGCAGACUCUCAGUGAGAGUGAACAACUUGGCUCAGGUCAGCCGUGUUGCUUCUUCCCCAGCUGCUCGUCCUACGACCCGCGGUCUGCAGGGGAAAAGAAGGCAGAUAAAAUUAUAGAAGUUUUUGUAGAUAAAGACAUGGACGACGCAGAAAUUGUCGCGAAAUAUCAAAAAGACGUAGAACUUGCCGGAAAAUAUGAUGACGACGUAGAACUUGCUACCGUAAAAGAUGAUGUGAACGGUAAACCUGCCGCGAAAGAUGUAAAUAACGUAGAACUUGCCGCAAAAGAUGAAAGCGACGUAGAACUUGCCACAAAAGAUAAUGACGUAGAACUUUUUUCAAAAUAUGAUGACGUAGAACUUCCCGCUAAAGUUGAUGACGACAUAGAACUUAGCGUAAAAGAAGAUAACGACAGGAACUCAUCUUUAAAAAAAUGAAGACGACGUAGAACCUGCCGAAGCAAAAAAAAAACAGGAUGCUGUACCAUAUAUGAGUACGCCUUAGAACUUGGCGU